UCAUAAAGAUUUAUUGUAAUAAACUUCAGGUUUGCUAUAAUGCUACUGAGAAUUCAGACAGCUGAACAAGGAACAAAAAGAGUUGAAGUCAACGCAAGUGACUCCACAGCUGCGUUGUACGAAAAAGCUAUUGCUGCUUUUCAGUUGCCUACUCCUAAAGCAUAUCGAUUAUUUAGAAGCAGAGAUUUGAAACAUGUUAUACCUCCGGGCUCCUCGACAUUAACAUCUUCCAAGCUAAACCAUGGCGAUAUGAUUUACCUGUUUAAAAGUGAUGCAAAAGUUGGAAAUUUGGUUCAAGGAAAAGGGGAAUUUCUCGUCCCUGGUUCAUCAGUCUCAGACGUCUCUGCAGCUAGUAGUCAAUCAGAUACCUCAGUGAUACCAGUCCAAGCCGUGUCAAAUAGUGAUAUCGUGGAGGACGAAGUUGAUAGAAUCCUAAGUGAAAUGAAUGGUCAAAUCGAGCGCGAAAUGAACCCACUUCUCUGUAGUCACCAUAAGAAAAAUAAGUGUGUGCAUUGCAUACCACUGGAUCCCUGGGAUGAACAGUAUUUAAACGAAAAAGAUCCGCCUGUCAAAUUUUUGUCAUUCCAUUCGUACAUCAGGAAGCUUAAGAGUGGUGCUGAUAAAGGAAAAUUUGUUUUCCUUGAUGAUAUAAACUGCCAGAUAGUUCCUGGAUGCGCCGAACAUCCGCCGUGGCCCAAUGGUAUCUGCACGAAAUGUCAACCGAACGCAGUUACCUUAUCUAGACAAAUUUAUCGACACAUUGACUAUGUCGCUUUCCAGAAUUCAGCAAUUAUUCACAACUUUUUGAACUAUUGGCGAAAGUCUGGAUAUCAAAGAGUUGGAUACUUAUACGGAAAGUACGAACCACAUUUGGACGUACCACUAGGUACAAAAGCAGUUGUUUAUUGUAUAUAUGAACCACCACAGAGUUGCACGGCCAAUUCAGUCGAGCUUUUGGAAGAUCCUGAUGAAGCUCAGGUUGACAGGCUGGCUCAGCUUUUCGGUCUGCUUCGUGUGGGUUGGAUAUUCACUGAUUUGCUUCCCGAAGACAUGACUAAAGGAACGGUGAAGUACCUCAGAGGUGCAGACUCAUAUUUUUUGUCGGCCGAGGAAACUAUAACAGCAGCCUUCCUACAGACAAAGCAUCCGAAUAUGUGUAAAAUAGCUAAAAACGGAUGCUUUGGGUCCAAAUUUGUGACAGUGUGCGCUACUGGAAACUCUGAAAAUCAGAUUCACUUCGAGGCCUAUCAGAUCUCCAAUCAGGGAAUGGCGCUUGUCAGGGAUAAGUGUCUGCUGCCGACUCACGACUGUCCAGAACUGGCAUUUGUGAAGGAGAGCUCGUCUGAUCAAUAUGUUCCAGAUGUGUUCUUCAAGUACAAAGAUGAGUUUGGUAAUGAGAGAACGAAGCUAGGACGCCCUCUGCCAAUUGAGUAUCUGCUAAUAGACGUGCCUUCUGCUUUCCCCAAAGAGGAAGUCUUGUUUUUCAACAAACACGCCAAAAAUCCCUUUCCCGGAUGCAACAGAGACUCAAUCGGUGAAAGUCAAAAUUUCGGAUCUCUCUCGCAGUACUUCCAGCAGUUCUCAGACGACGAGUUUUUUGAAGCAAUUGCCGAUUUUCAGCUGCUAAUAGCUGUUGCCAAGUUGGACGUGUACCCUAUGAUGGAACAUUUAGAAGAGUUGAUUGACGGUAUGCGGGAGCAAAACAAGGCAGCUGUGAACAGGUGGGCUCAAAAAGAACACUGGCAGACGGUGAGUCAGCUGAUGAAGGCUCAGGGGGGCCACGGGCAGGGCAAUGGCAUAGCGGGCUCGGAUGGAAUGGACAUGUCUGAUUUCGGACCAGCUGGUGCUUCAGGUGCAUUCUGGGAUUGUAAACACUGUACAUUCCAUAAUGCGGAGCCAAAAAGCUCUUGUGAAAUGUGCGGUCUGCCUAGAAACGGAUAGACUGAUGCCGAUAAACUUACCAUGAACUGAAUUGAUAUAUAUUAUAGAUUGUAAUGUAAAUUUCCUCUAAGUGUGUAAUUUUUAAAUGAGCUGAAUUUGACGACAUUAAACACACGCGAGUGCGUGUUGAAUAUAAUUGCGCUUUAA